UAGAACUAUAGAUUCAAACAUAUCUCACCCCCUGUCCCUCUCUUCCUCUCUUCUCUCUUCUCUCACCUUUUCCUCCCAACUUCCUUUUCCUUUUGAAAUUAUCACAUAAGAAAACAAGAGCUUCCCCCUUAAACUGAUAAGGUAUAUAAGCCACCCUUCACAACAAUUUCUCCAUCUCCUUCAAUUUAUUAGCGGAAGAUGUGGCGCAUUAGACCUUAGUCUUGUUCACAAUACUUCUUCUCUCCGUAGAACCUCAUAUGCUUUAUAAGCCAUCCUUUGGGACAAUAUCUCCAUCCUAUUCAAUUUAGCAGAAGGUGUUCUGUAUCAGACCAUAUUCUUUAUCUGUUGUUUGUUUCACAACAACACAGUUUUAUUCUUCUCUUCUCAUCCCACAUGGUGAUCAGAAUAUCAUUCAGCUAUUGAAGAUCAGUGGCAGGCAUAGACUAGCAAUGAUAUGGCUUUCUUCCCAGCAAAUUUCAUGCUACAAACACCUCACCAAGAUGACCAUCAACCUCCACCUUCACUCAACUCAAUUAUAACUUCAUGUGCACCUCAAGAGUACCAUGGAGGAGCAUCCUUUCUGGGCAAGAGAUCUAUGUCAUUUUCGGGGAUUGAACUUGGAGAAGAAGCGAAUGCUGAGGAGGAUUUAUCUGAUGAUGGAUCACAAGCAGGAGAGAAGAAAAGGAGGCUUAACAUGGAACAGGUGAAGACACUUGAGAAGAGCUUUGAGUUGGGAAACAAGCUUGAACCUGAGAGGAAAAUGCAGCUGGCGAGGGCUCUUGGCUUGCAGCCUAGACAGAUUGCUAUAUGGUUCCAGAACAGGAGGGCUAGGUGGAAGACCAAGCAGUUGGAGAAGGACUAUGAUCUUCUCAAAAGACAAUAUGAAGCUAUCAAGGCAGAUAAUGAUGCACUUCAAGCUCAGAACCAAAAACUUCAGACUGAGAUAUUGGCACUGAAAAGCAGAGAACCCACCGAAUCCAUCAACCUGAAUAAAGAAACUGAGGGCUCCAGCAGCAAUAGAAGUGAGAACAGCUCAGAAAUCAAGUUGGAUAUCUCAAGAACCCCAGCUAUUGACAGUCCUCUAUCCACUCAGCAGAACAGCAGAAACCUCUUUCCAUCUUCUACUAGACCAACAGGAGUUGCUCAGCUUUUCCAAACAACUUCAAGGCCAGAACUUCAGUGCCAAAAGAUUGAUCAUAUGGUCAAAGAAGAGAGCUUAAGCAACAUGUUUUGUGGCAUUGAUGAUCAAUCUGGCCUUUGGCCUUGGUUGGAGCAGCAGCAUUUCAAUUGAUCAAGCAAAGAGAGAGUGAGAGAGUGAGAGUUUCAGAUUGCAAUGUAGUUUUCCCUUUUCCGGAUGAAAAUGAAAUCAUCUCGAGGGUGUCUGUGUCAAUUGAUUACCAUAUACUUAAUGAGUUAUUACAUUAAAACCCAUGUUUUGGUAAAAAAUUGAUGUAUAAAAUAGGAGAUAUCAAGCAGAAUAUUUCAGGUGGGGCUUGAAAAUUUUACAUAAAAA